AUGCUAAGCGUACAAACAUGGCACAGCAGCAACCAGGUGAAUUUGCUCUUGCGAGGGAAAUUUGUUAAGGGUAGCAAAAAGAACUUUCUUUUGGCUGCAAAGGACACCUAUCUGGAGCUUCUAACGAGUGACUAUAAAGAAACUAUAUACGUUCAAAACACCUUCCUUAAGAUAAUAUAUUUGCAUAUUCAGGAAGAAAAAGAACAAGACGAAUUUCUCAUAGCAGAUGAAAAAUUAAAUUUUCGAAUUUUAAAAUUCGAUGGAUGUUUCGUUGAGACAUGUUUCCUGGGAAAUUUCCAUUCAAAGAAAUUAAAGAAGUAUCUGGCAUAUUCAAAAUUAAAAAAUGGAAAGGAAAAAAAUAAACUCAUUGAAGAAUACUCGAAAUGUAUUAACGUGUGUAGUAUAAAGAAUUUGUUUUUUGUGUGCAUUGAAAAUUUUAUUUUUUUUCGAAAAGUAAAGGAUAAUAAUUGGGUUAAUAAACAAUUAAAUGAGUACUGUUGGAAUUAUAAUUUUGGUAUAAAACAUAUUUCAAAUGAAAGAAACUUUAAAAUUUUAUAUGAUCCUAUGAAGCUAAGACAUUACAUUAUAUACAAAAAUAAAAAUGGAAGAAAGCGGUUUAAGUAUAUCACCUCUUCCCUCAAGGAUGGACACAUGUCUCACAUUUACAAGUUAAGCGGGAACGGAUUCUCGUCAAAGGAUGGUACUAGAUACAACGACAGAUUGGGUGACAGACAGGGUGGAAAAUUGGGUGACAUUCCUCGUGGCAAAGGUGAAAACAGAAAACACCCCUUGAUGAAAAAAAGAAAGUGUCCCAUUAAGUUGACAAAAAUUCGCAUCGAAAAGUGUCUAAAAAAAGAUUCAUUCUAUUUGAAAUUUCCUAAAAAUAUUUCUUUCAUCACGCAUUUAAAAUGUAUGACUCAGGAUUAUUCGAAAAUCCAAAGUUGUCUGUUUUAUGAUGAUAAUGCAAGCACAUGCAAUGAUUUCCCAAAUGGGCAAUGUUGUGGUACCACUAGCUUAAAUACCAUUCAUAGUGAAAACUCCAUGAGAGUAUCGAAUAAUAUUGUUAAGGAUCUCUCAAAUAAGUCAUUAUUUAUUUUAUUCAAGAGAAAUAUACCGAAUGGACGGAACAAAAUGGAAGAAUACACCCCAGUAAACACUCCGAACAGAGUGAAUGAAGAGGACGAAGAAGGAAUUAAUGCAUCCCAUGGAAGAAGUACUACUCUAAGUAAUCCCAGCAAACUUGGAUCCACUUCAAAGUAUCAGAGAUCUCAUUGUUACGAUAGAAAUCAAGAAAAUAUCGAAAUUAGGAGAAGGAGAAGACAUGAAUCUAAUGAUAAAAAAUUUCCAGAGAAGAUAUUUUACAAUGUAUUUGAUAAUUGCAUAAACUUAAAAAUUUGCUUUAUUGCAAGCGUUAUAAGAAACAAUAGCAGUUACACCGAAUUUGUUAAAAAUAUAUUAUUUCUAUGCGAAAAGGAAGAAGAAGAAAUAAUGAAAUUAAAAAUUCAUUUAUGGAAAACCAAAUUGUUUGAGCAAAAAGAUUGGGAUAUACUUAAAAAUGGCAGUAAUAAUUUUCAUACUGAUGAGAAUGCUCUUAAUUAUAAUAAUUUCUUCAUAAAUUACUUCUUCCAAAUUAAUCAAAUUUAUUAUAACCAUGAUAAUACACAAGAUGACGAAAUUAGAAUAAAUCAUUUUGACUCUUGUCCAUUGUGCACAUACUAUUUUUCAAAAUUGAAACAUUUCCAAAGGGACCCUAUAUAUAACCACAUUUUCGAAAGAAACUUUCUUUGUCGACAAGGGAGUGAAGAAAUGGACCAUUCAACAGAAGGAGACGUUUCAAUGCAUACAAACCGAGUUACUUCCUUUCUGUUUAAUCUCAGCAUUAGAUUGAAACUUCUUCUCUUUUACUUUUCCAUUUUUUUCUACUCAAGUAGUAAAACUUUGAACAGUUCGUCCGUGAUUAUAUUGAAAAAUCAAAGUGGAAAUCUCUCCAUUUUACGUGAGUUAUCAAUGCAUAUUUAUUUUUUGAAUACUUUUAUUUUUCACAUUUUCAAACAUAUGUGUAACCAUCUGGAGGAUGAAAACGCAAAGGGAGUUCAUCUUUUAACCAAUUCAACAAUUGGAAAAGUUAUUUUUAGGGAAGAGAAUUCUACUAUUGCACAUUUGCACCAUGCUAAGAAGGACCUAGUGCAUCAGAAGAAAAAAACGAACGAUACAGAGAAGAAAAAUUCAGAAGGAUCUAUUCAAAAUGGAAACGAUGGGCUAACUGAUGAGAAUCUAUUCUUGAUAAAACAGAAAUUAAAUUAUCUCAUUGAGGAUUACAUUAUUGCAUGCAAACAAGGGGAUAGUGUAACAGCUCAAACUGAUUUGAUCAAAUCGAAUGGCCACAGUUUAGAGAGAAAGCAAAGAAAGGUAUCAAGUGAUACUUCAGCAUUUCAUUUUGCACGUGUAAAAAGUUUGAUAAUGAAUAUGAUGAAUUUACAAUUCUUAUCUCACACCCUUUUGAAGGAAAUGAAUUUCGAUUACAAAAGGGUAAGAGAAAAAUUAUUGCAAGGGAAGAAGAAAAUGGAGAGGAAGCUGAAGAAGAAGGAGGAGAAGAAGGACGACGAUGGAGAAACGAGUGUAAAAAAUAUGGGGACAAAUAAUCAAUAUCGAUUUAACCAUAAAACACACAUAAUACUAGUUACCUCAAAUAACAAUGGAAAGGCAAAUAUUAUAUUCUUUAAAAAAACAAGAAAAAAAAAAAAGAUCACCGCUGACAAUAUUUUAAUACCUGUCGGGAAAUUAUACCUCACCAUGGAGGUUGAAAAAAUUGAGAGAGUUAUAAACGACUCAUCAUUUGUUUUAUUUACAAAAAAGGAAAUAGUUUUUAUUUUUCAUUUUUCCAGAACUUAUGGUACCAACCUGACGUUAAUAAAUUUUAGCCUGUCUCAUUAUACCGAUAUGCACUAUGUAGAAAAAAUAAAAUUUUUCAAAAUUGUAAAAAAAAACAAUGUGUACGAGGAAAUAGAGGGGAAUAUUUUAUUUUCAGAUUAUUUUUCAAAAUGUAUCAACUUAAACAAUUUUAUGAAUAUCCCUCUAGAGAUGCGAUUCUCCCCUUGUGUUAAAAGCGGGAAACAAGCCAAACACAAGCACAAGCACAAGGACAAAGUUAAAAUAACAAAAAAGACAUUUUUUCCGAGCAACCAAAAUUACAUAAACUCCUCGGAUUAUUUUUACCAAUUAAGAAAUGUUCCAUAUAUUGACAGCUUUUACACUUAUUCAUUUGUGUAUAACUAUGAAUAUAAAUUUUUUCAUAAAACAUGUGCAAACGAAUGGGGGUCACCCUCCACACCUAAUUGUCAAUAUGUUUGUGCGGAUAUGAAAAACGGGAUUGUAGCAAUUAGUACACACACAUCUAUGAGAACUGUCUGUUUAGAUGACCAGCAUAUCAAUGGUGUUAUAUCAGAAUGGCAAAAUAAAUCACAACAAGAGCCCAAGACAGAAUCACGAAAAAACAGAAGAAGUUCUAUACAUUCUCCUCCCAUUCUUAUCUCACUCAAAAUCAGUAAAAGUAUCUUUAACGAAAUAUACAAGAGAAGAAAGUGCUCCUUUUUUAACCAUUCACAAGAAGACGAUAGAAAUAAAAGAGCGAUGUCAAACAAGGGAUCAGUUGAAGAGAAUAACAAAAUGAACUCUCGGAAGAGAAAAAAACGUCAAAAAGGAAUUUUAAUCUAUCGGAAUAAUGAAAAUUAUACGAUCAACAGGAACAAGAAAAAUUGUUAUGAGGAUGAAUUGCUCAUAGAAAGAGAAGCACAAAAAGGAUGUAAGAGUAUAAAUUAUUUUCCAAAAGAAGAUACAUUAAAAAAAGUAGUAAUAAUAAUACCAUUAGGAAACAGUGAGAUGAAUGAAACCAAUUUCACAGGACGUCCUUUCAUUAAACGAUAUUUAUCAAUUGAUCUUAUAAAAAAAAAAAUGAUUGUAAUUAUUUUAUUAUUUGAUAUGCUAACUUCGAGAAUGAUAAUAAAGAAAAUCAAUUUUGAAAGAAUUAAUAUGACACUACAAGGGGAUGAGAAUACUUAUUUCACUAAUUUAAUCGCAUCAUCAAAUAUUUUUUGUUGCAUACACAGUGAGAGGGAAGAGCAUGUGACAUCUGUCAAAUGGAAGAAUAAUUACAAAGCAGAUACAAAUAAAAGGGAGAAAAAAUUCCAAAGAUAUGAACAUGCUACACUUCCCCAAUUCGUUGAAGAAAGCACGAAUUUUAUCCUAACAUUGAGUAAGAAGCAAAAAGAUGAGCUGUUCAUAAUCAAGUCUUAUGUACAGAGAGAAUCAUACCAGAAGAAUAUAUGGUAUGAUUGCAAAGAAGUAAGAAAGGCACAUUACACGUAUAACAAAACAAAAACAAUGAAGGACUACAAAUAUAAGGAAAAAAUAAACAGGAAUAACUUGGGAUACAUGAAAUGUAGACUCAAUAUGUCAAAGGAAUUGAGAGAAAUUACUAAUUUGUGUAAACGCUCGACGGAAGAAGCGAAAAAUAAAACAGAUGAUAAUCACAUUGUGAAUGUGAAAAAGUUAAAAGAGAAAAUAUCAGAUAAAUUAAUUAUACUUGAUAAAAAUAGAGAUUUAUACAAAUUAAGUAUAGGUAAUAAAAUACUUUUAACAAAACAUACAAAUAUACACUUGGAUACAUCUAGUACGAAUAUGUUUAUGAUAAAGUUUGACAAGAAACUUAGUAUUCUCUGCAUAACGAAUUAUUUCAAGUCCUUCUAUUUAUAUAUACGAACGGAGGAUUUAUAUGAAACGUGCGAAAAUUCGAUAUCCUUACUAAGUGAAGAAAGAAGUAAACUCAACCUAAGUACACACAUGUUCAUUACAUCAUUAAAAAUAAUUUCGAAUGAUAAUUCAGAGAAAGCAGGGAAAGAAAAAAAAAAAAUAAAAAAUAAAAUUACUACCCAUGAAUGGGAUCCGCAACAGUGUAACGAACAAAAGUAUACAUUUAAAGUUAUCAAAGAAGAACACGUAGACGCUUUGAAUCUAAUUAAAGACAAAAUAAUAUUUGCAAAACGGAUUUGGAAAAGAGGAAGAAAUAAUUUUUAUGUUUUACAGCUGAGUAUGAAAUACAUUGUUAUAAAUCAGUUUCAUGUUAAUAUACAUAGCAAAAUACCAUUAAAAAUAGUAAGUACUUCCUCAUGGGAACUCUCAUCGUCCGUUUUAAAUUAUCACUUUGAUAAUAACAUUCUUGCAUUGUCAUAUAUAAAUUGUAAUGUCGAAUUGUUUUACUUAGACAUGCUGAAUAAUGCAUGUUUACUAAUUGAUAGCAUCCAAUGUACUGAAAGGGUAUAUUCCAUAUAUUUUGCAUCCAAAGUAGAUAAAAAAUUCACACCACCAAAAUGGAUUAAACAUAAUUACAGUUACAUUUUACUAUGUAUAGGACUAAAGAGAAGAUGCAAAAUGAAAAUUUAUUACAUCAACAGUAGUUUUAAUAUUCCAUUCCUCUCAGAAACAUUACCUACAUUGAAAAAUUCUACAAUAAUGUUAACCCAGUUACACGAGAAUAUAUGUGAAAAUGUUAUUGAAGAAAACGACAAGAUGACACAAAGUGGAACGAAAUCUGAGAUGGAUUUGAACAUAACAAAAAAUCUCCGCCACAUUUAUUCUUUUGAGAUAUUGAAAAAUACUUCCAAAGAAACUGGCGUUGCGGGAAGGACAAAAAAUUUUGUGUCAGAUUUUUAUGAGUAUACUAUAGACACAUUAAAUGAUCAUUGUAUUAUCACGGGGAUUGUGAAAUUGAACAAUUUUCUUUUGAUUGGAACUAACGAUGGAGUUGUAAAAGCGUAUAAUAUUUUCUGUUAUAAUAAUAUCCCACGGAAUGAUUUAUUUUUACCUAAUUUCUGUAUCUAUAAAAGUCAGAAGAGAAUAACAAAAAUGUAUGAUGAAUUUUUAUUAGGGAAUAAUUCUGUUUACUUUGUAAAUCCAUUAAAAGGGGAUGGUGAUAAACCAUUGACAACUAAAAAAGUUGUAUAUAAAAAGAGCUUCUAUGUCGUUGCAUUUUGUGAAAGCAGUAUGUUUAUGUUCACCUCUGACAGAGUUAAAUUGAGACAUUUAGAGAGAAAAAAAACAAAUUGUAUGAAUGGGAGAAGUAGUGACCAUGCGUGUAUUCACCAUUUUGUGUCUCCCGAUUCUGACCACGGUUCUAGUAGUGGGUGGAAGAACUAUUUAGAAGAAAUGAAGAUGAGGAUGGACGCUUAUUUGGGAAAUCUGCUUAAUUUAGAAAAAAAUAAAGUUAAGUGCCUGGUAAGAAACAAAUGCAUUGGAGAAAACGCCAUUCCGAGUAAAAACAUUUUCGUUUUUCCCUUAAAGAUUUUCAAAAAGAAGAGUACAACCCCCUUUAGAUACCCGCGCGAGGAAAGCGAAUCCGAUGAUUCGGACGAAUCGUCAGGAUUUCUUAAGCCAGAGGGGGGGGGGGAGGUUGAGCCGCCAAAAAUGCUAGAAGCGCUAGAAUCGUCAAAACAGCCAGAACCGCUGGAACCGUCAAAACAGUCAGAACCGCUAGAACCGCCAAAACAGCUAGAACCGCCAAAACAGCUAGAACCGCUAGAACCGUCAAAACAGUCAGAACCGCUAGAACCGUCAAAACAGUCAGAACCGCUAGAACCUGUUGACCUGCGCAAAAUCGUUAACCCGCCCAGUGAGAUAGCAAGUGGUCCCGCAGAGAAAACAAACGCUAAGGGGCAUAAUGGCUUUCUGUACUGGUUCUGCAAAAUGAGUGAGCAGGAUAUGAUGACCCCACCCAGUUCUCAUUUCGACUAUUCAAGAAUUAACCAAAAAAUUGUCAAAGUAAAAUAUGACAUGAACGUAAAUAAUAUUAUCCUAAUAAAAAACAAUAACAAAAUUUUUCCUUUCAUAAUAAUUAUCUCCAUCAAUCUUAAACUUUAUUUUGGUCUCAUUCAAAUAAACAUGUUAUGUAUUGAAAAAAUGAAGAAAUGUAAAGAGGAAAGUCAAAUUGAAAAAUUCGUAAAGUUUGAUCCUACUCCUUCGUGUAAUUUGCAUACACAAAAUUUUGUUCUAUAUUCUGAACAUGUUAAUAAGAGGGGGAAAAACGAUUGUCAUAAAAAAGGGAUCAAGCAGGAUCUCUUAAAAGAGGAGGAAAAUGAAUUCUCAAAGGAAGAGGUCAGUAAAAGAGAUAGCAUAUCAGCAAGUGGAACUAACCGAAUAUCACAUAAGAAUAAAGAGAAAGGAAAGGGAAUAGGUACGCACUGUAGUGGAAAUCACAUGUGUCUAAAAUUCAAUAGGAAAAUUAUAAAAUUAUUUAAAAAUAACAACAUAUCGAACGUGUUUCUGAUAAAUCUAGACAGAAAUUAUAUCCUCAGGGAGUUGUUCGAAAUUUGUUCGACGACUGAAAAAGGAGAAAUAAUUGAGGUCAUUGAAAAUGAGACUAGGAAAAACAAGGAAAAAAAUAACAAUUCGAAUGUACAUACGCAACAGUGCACAUAUCCAAGUAGUGAUUCUACAAAACAUGGCACUGUAAACUUUAGCGCUUCACGUAGAAGGUAUCAUAGAGGAGAAAAACGUUUUGUCAAACUUCUCGUAAAUAUGAACGAGCGUGAUUCUGACACAAGUGAUAGAAUUAACUCCAUGUGCAUAUACAACCAAUUAUUCUUAAGAGAUCAUAACAUCUUUUCACAAAACAAGCAUAUAUUGUAUCUUCUUCGAAAUCAGUGCAUAAAUUUUGAAAAUAGAUUCUAUGCCUUCAUAUUUUAUAGUACAUUCAGUAGAGGGUUUCAGCUGAAUUCAUUUUUUAAAGACAAAUUCAUACGGAAUAAUAUAGCUACAAAUUAUGACAUGCCUAACUUUGAUUCUCCAAAUGAUGACCCAAUGAAGGGUAUAUCAUACUGGGAAAGUCAUUGUGGGCUCAAAAUUGAAGAUCAGAAAAAGGAUAUGUUCCUUAAUUACAUGCACAGUGUUUGUCAAGCAUUGGUUAUGCUCAUUCGGAAGAAGGUACUAGCUGUGAUUAGUCAAAAUUUAUUUUUCAAUUCGAGCUAUAAGAAAUACAGAGAAGGGGAGUUAGAUCCCUAUAGCCAUAUGCAAGCGAAAAAUGAGAAAAAAAAUUCAACGGGAAUGUGUGAACCCAUUUCGAAAGGAAUCCACAGAAGCAGUGCUACAAAGAAAAAUAAAGGAAGUGGAGACAACUCCAAUUGCACAAAAAAGCAACGGAAAUUUGGAGACAACAACUUUAUACAAUCAGAAAAUAUAGACAACCCUGCUAAUUUGUCAAAUGGGAAUGGUUGUAGUGGCGAUGGUGGUAAUAGUAGUAGUAUAAAAAGCUUUUUAAAAAUUCCAUCAGGAGAAAAGAUACCCCCCGAGGGACCAAGCUCUAGCCGAAAUGAAUUUUUAAAAUGUUCAAAAAAGAAAGAAGAGGAGAAGGAGAUUAACCUUCUUGAUCUGAAAAACGUAGGAAAGGAAAUGAAUUCAAAAGUGUGCAGUAAGAGAAAAUUUAUUCAGAAAAGAAACUUUGUGACAAAAAAGCUGUUUGAUCUUUUGUUAUACUAUAUAAACAACAUACAUAGAGAAAGACUACUAGGGAGAACAGGUCUUACGGAAUCAUCAUAUCCAGAGGAAGUUCAGGCGAUGGAUGAAUGUAAUCGAUUUUGUGAAGCCCAUUCGAAUAUUUCUUCUAAAGGAAGAGAAACAGAAAGUGCGAUGAAAACUCCAAAAAAGGAGAAAAAUGGAAUAACCCUAGAAAAUAAUGGAAAAUCUAAUUACUACCUAACCUUCCUCGUUGUGCACCUUAAAGGAAGCAAAUAUCACUUUAGCAGUGUGACCGAAUACUACAAGAUAGUAAAUAAAAAGGUUCAAAAAGUGAAAGACAUUUUCGAAAUGGACUUAUCAGAAUGCCUCAUGGGGGGAAAAGGAAUCGAGAACAGAAAUUCCUCAGGUAGGAGAAAUGGCCUUGAGUACUUGGCACAUAAAAAAGAAUACAUAAAAAUUAGAAGAAAAAUAAUACUUAAAAAUGGCUAUUUUAACCCACGAAAAAGAAAUAGAAAUUGGAGCACAAAUGGGAGCAGAAGUGUGAGCAUAAAUAGAAAAUCCAACAUGUUAGCAUCUCGACAAGGUACUGCAUACCGGAUGCAGGAAAAAAAAAGGGGACGUAAGCUGAAUCGAACAUCAUUUAAAGAAUUCUUAAGCUGCUUAACUCAAAGGAGUGAAAAAAUAAAAAAAAGGAAGGAAAAAUACAAAAAAAAACAAAUUUGCAAUGUGAAGAAAAAGGAUGAAAGUUAUGAUUGCCUUUUCAUAUAUGUGAAUAACCUGCGGUAUCAAUAUCGAGAAAUUGUCCUAUGUAGAUUAAAAAGAAAGAUUAACAAGAUGCUUAAAUUUGACAGAAACGAUCUCUUCCUCAUGAUGAAGAUUGAUUUGCACUAUGUCUUUCUGCUGAAUUAUAGAAGGCAGAUUUCCUUCUGGAUUAAUAUCAAACAUGUGUAUAAAAAUAUACUUGUUAUGCGUUUUGAGCACAAAACUGUCUCGAAUAUAUCAACGAAUCAGUCGUGCAAAUCGUGCGAAUCUUACAAACCGUGCGAAUCUUACAAACCGUGCGAAUCUUACAAACCGUGCGAAUCUUACAAACCGUGCAAAUCGUGCAAAUCGUGCGAAUCUUACAAACCGUGCGAAUCUUACAAACCGUGCGAAUCCUACAAAUCGUGUACAAUCCAUGAAGGGACGAACUCCUCAAGGAUGGAUGUGACUAUGGAUCAUAAAAUUCGGCCAAUGGUGGGAACCCCCUUCCCCACAGCAAGGACACAAACAGAUAAAAAUUCCUUGAUAUUCAAAAAAAUGAAACGAGAAGAUAUUUUAGAUUUAUUCCUUAAGAAUACCUACUCAAACCCAUUAACAUACAUGGGUAAGAAUAUGAAAAACAUAAUGGCCUUCCUCAACAAGUUUAUAAUAUUUACUCAAAAUAAUAAUAUAGUGAUUCUAAAAAUUGUACUUUCAAAAAGUAAUCGGAAAAUUGUAGGGCAUGGAAAUGGAAUAAUGGAAUGUAUUUUACAGAAUUGUGUUUAUGAUAGGAAUAGACUACUCUACUGCACGGAAGAUGGACGAAUAAUUAAAUUCUCUGACGUAUUUAAACAUCUAAUAAGAAAACAGUAUGUUAUAAGAAAAAAGCCAAUAGAUCAGAAAAACAUAACAGAAAUGGAAUACAUAGACAGUUUGAUCAAAGAUAGAACCAUGACAGAAUCGAUCAGUAAUCAAAAUGGAAACUCCCAACACCGUGGCACCAGCACAGGUGGAAGUUAUCAAACGGAGAGAAACGUCAACGUCACGCACGCACCUCAACUGAAUAAUACACAGAUGAGGAAUGCACAGAUGAGGAAUACCCUAAUGGGGAUCAGUCACCCCGAGAGAACCUCCAAUAGAAGGGUAGUGGAACAGACAAGGAACAUAAACCGAAACGCAUAUACAAACAGACAGUAUGACAUGAUGAAGCAAACGGAAGAAAAGUAUGUCGAUAUAUUUGCAAAUUAUAUAUUCGAAGAUUAUUUUAAACGUAGUGAGAAGGAAUUUUUUUAUCCUCUAAAAUAUGAGAUAGUUGAGCACUACAGGAAUUUUGAAAACAUCGAAGAGAUAAAUGACAUGAAUGUACAUGAAAAUAAAGUGCUAAUAAUUACAAAAAGUUACAUACGCUUAUACGAAUAUGAUGAGACGAAAAAUUUUUUAUUUCUACAAUGUUGUAACAGUUUUUAUAAUAUUAACAAUAUAUAUGUAAAUGAAAGGUACAGAAAAUCGUUAGUUCUGCGUGGAAUUUUUGAAAAUGUGAAUAUCAUAUCGAAACGGUAUGUUUCCAUUUAUUACGUACUUUGGAAAGAACUACGACACAUAGGAAACUUAAAGUUUAGAAAUGAAAUAAAAUUUAUUUUCGAAAAUAAACUCCUCAGCAAUAUCCUUGGAUUUAAUAUGAACAUAAAUAAAAAGGAACAUAUUAUAGAUAGCUUAAGGACAUAUCAUAAACUUUUUUACAAUUUUUUUCUUAUUGACACAAAGUGUAAUAUUUUCACCAUAUAUAGUUCCCUACUUAAAGAAGAAAAUAGUGAAAAACAAAAUUAUUUUUAUGAUGAUAAUAGAGCUGUUCAAAUAUGUUAUGAUCUCAUGCUAUUUUUUCAAAUACUCAUUAAUGGGAAGAAAAACAAACAAAACAGACAACAAUAUGACCUGCUUAACCAGACUUUUUUACACAAAGGAAAAUACACGAAUUCGAAACAAAUCAAAAAACUUCAAAGGAACUUUUUUUAUAAUAAAUAUUUUAUCAAAGCAAAGUACAAAACUGUUUUAACCAUUUUUAUACAUAGAGUAUUUAUCUAUAUGAAUAAAAAAAUAGUAUUUUUAAAAAAUAUUUUUUCUCAAAGUUUUACGGAUAACUUCUUACUAGAAUUAAAAUUAAGAGUAUAUAACAGAAUACUCAAAUUAAGUUCAUACGAAUUUUCAGAUAGAAAAAGUGCUUUUCACUUGUUAAAUUAUAUGUAUGAUUUGAGAGCCAAUAAGAAUAUUCCCUAUUUUUCUCUCAAAUCAAGAAUACAAGAUUAUGAUGAUAUCAUAACAACUGAACUUUAUAAUAUGAAAAUCUCUCCCACCUCUACUCUACAUGCAAAAGAGGGAAAACAUGGAAAUUUAAAUGAUCAUCUCCAAUUUCAAUGUAACAGCGGAGACAAACCACCUGAUUACAUUUUGCAACAAUACACAUUUACAUCACCCACUGUUAUGAAAGAAACUUGUUUAGAAGAGACUAUCACGCGCAGAAUUGAAGAUAUUAAUAAAUACCGAUUCGAGCCUAUAAAAGACUACAAUGAUGUUGUAAGAAACAAUAUAAGGGAUAACUCAUACUAUGAUGUGGAUUUUUAUUAUUUCCUUGAUUGCACGUAUAAUAUGGAAAAUUCCUUUUCGAGAAAAGCAAAAGUUGUUGAAUAUAAAAAUUUUUUAAAAAAUAGUUUUGCAGACAAUUCUCUAUUUCAGAUUUAUUUUCAUUUUUUAAUAUACAUGUCAAAUAAUCCCAAUAUGUUUUAUCACAUCAAAAAAUAUUUACAUUUCCAUCCAUACUCAACCAAGUUAUUAAAAAAUAAUACAUAUUACUUUCAUAUGGAUUUACUCAACAUUAUUUUUCAUUUUGACAACAAUGCAUUGGGUGAAUUCAAAAGUGUUCUCAGUUUAUUUCCUACGAGCCCUUCUCUGGACGAAGUUUUCAAAGCACUUACAUUAUUGUGCACCCCAUUUUCGAAUGCUUAA